UUGUAGAUUAUAGUAUUUGUAGUCCCUGUUCCAGCAACAGUAACAGUAUCUGAAUUUAUAAUAGUAUUGCAAAUAAUAAUAGUAAAUAGCAAAUUGUAUGAGUGUAAAAGAUGUUAUAAUUUAGCAUAGUAAGUAUUACUACUGGUAUAAUAUUAAAGUUUGUAGAAAACAACUUGGAGAUAUCAACAACAUCUUAAACAAUAAUGCAGUUAUGCCGAAAAAAAUGAUAAAACAUAGUGCAAGAACCUCUAUUAUUAGCACUGACAAAUCUCCAGUAAAUGAUAAAAAUUUAAUCACUCAUGUUAAUCAUUAUAAAAAUAUUAAAAUUGGUGUCGAUAAUGCUAAACGGUGGGAUAAACUCAAAAAACAAAUGAAAUUUAUUACAGAUGAUGAUCUCGUUAUUCAUUUACUUGAUCUUGCUGACUCUGACAGACAAAAUAAUGUAUGCAAGACUAUUGCGCAAUCUCAAUCCAAUGAAAAUGAUUCAAAUAAAUUAAGAAACGAUAAAUAUGAUGAUGAUGAUGAGAGUAAUGAAAAUGAUAAAAUUUUUAAGACAUCUGUAAAUAAAUCAGGUGAAAAUCAUAAAUUACCAAUGACACAUUAUUGUAAAAAUAAAAGUAAGCGUAAAAAUAAAAUAAAACAUAAAGAUAAACGUAAUACAAGAAAAAAAUUAAAAAAAAAUAAAGAUAAUAAUAAUAGUCUUAAUUUAAAUGAUGAUGAAACAUCUAUGAUAACAAAUAAUAUUGUAAAAUUACAUAAUGAAUUUGAUAUUUGUAGUAAUGGAGAUGAAUCUGUUAUACGUAAGACUGAUAAACUAGAUCAAACAGUAUUUGUUAAUGAUUUAGAUAUUAAAGAAAAUAUUAGCAAAAAUGAUAAAAAUAGUUUUAAAAAUGAUAAUAAUGAUGAGAUUAAAAAAGUAGUAAAUUUACUACCAUCAGCAUCAGCAUCGUUAGCAUUAAAAAAGCUCAAUAAUGAUGACAAUGAUUAUAAUAAUUGUAAUUUUAAUUAUGAACAAAAUAUAAAUAGUAUUAAUAAUAAUAAUAACAACAAUAAUAUAAAUGAAAGUAGUAAAGAAAAUAUUGAUAGAAAAAUAACUCGUAAAAAACGGAAAUAUUUAAAUAAUAAUGAUUUAAGAGAAUCUAAAGUAAAAGUAAUAUCAGAUAAUGAUAAAAAAGAAUAUCGACAACACCAAUUAUUACAAAACAAUGAAAAAGAGGAUCGUAAACAAAAACAUAAAUAUAAUAAUGACGUAAAAAAAAUUCAUGAUGUAAGAAAAGUUCCACAAAAUGGUAUGAUAUCAAAUAAUUUAGAUAAAAGUAAAUUAAUUUUUGAAUCAUUCAAAGAUAAAACUUUACUGUCAUCAGUUAAUGCUGAUAAUCAUUCAAACAAUGAAUUAAUGGCUACAGUAACAGCGACAAUUUGUGAUGAACCCAGAUUAGGAAUAAAAAUAUGUUCUAGUUGUAAUAGUAAUCAUGUUCAAGAUGCAUGUCCAUUGCUAUUAUCACCAGUUGAAAAAAUUCCAGAUAUCAUUACGUAUCAGCAAUGGUUGAAAAAACAUUCGAGCAAUGAGCAAGUUAUGGAAGCAGUAACGAUGUCUUCAGAAGAUCCAACAUCUGAAGGGUAUGAAUUACAAAUCAGUGAUUCUACCAGCACUAUUGACAUUGAUAAUCCUGAUGAUUAUGAUGAUGAUGAUGAUGAUGAUGAUGAUGAUGAUGAUGAUGAUGAUAAUGAUGAUGAUGAUGUUGAUGAUAAUGGUUUCGGUUUACAUGAUGAUUCUGAUAAUGAGUCAAUAAAGGCAUCAUUAGUAGAAUCAAAAUCUAACAUAAUUUUAAAUAAUGAAGAAAAAAAAAAAAAUUUAUUCAUGACUAAUAAAGAGAUUGAUAAGAGACCAUUGUAUUCACGCGAGUCAUUACCAGGAUGUUUAGAAUUAAAAAUUACUAAAAAAUCAGAUCAUGGUAUUGGAAUUUUCGCUAAAAAUUUAAUUCCAAUUUAUGUUGAAUUUGGCCCGUUAGUUGGUAUUAAUAUAAAGGAAAUGGACAUUCCAGAUGAUUUUUCAAUGCGUCAUAUUUGGGAAAUAAUAUUAGUUAACAAUAAUAAUAAUAAUAAUAAUAAUAAUAAUAAUGAUGAUGAUAAAAAAAUAUGUUAUAUUAGUACGAUAAAUCCAUUAAAAAGUAAUUGGAUAAGAUAUAUGCGACCAGCUGAUAAUAAAGAUGAACGUAAUAUUGCUGUUGUUAAUAAAAAUAAUAAACUUUAUUUUAUUAGUAUGAAAAAUAUUAAACCAGGUAUUGAAUUGACUUACUGGAUUGAAUCACAAUCUACCGCUUGGAUGAGAAAAAAUAAAAAUGAUAAAACAAAUUGUGGGGGUUGUAAUUUAAAUUUUUCACAUUCUAUUUAUUAUCGUCUUCAUUGUUGUAUAUUUCAUGAUACUAAUUACAGUUUAACUAUAAGAAAGUAUCAUUGUAAAAUUUGCGGUGCUGCUGUAUUAGGUAAAGAUAAUAUUAUGAAACAUGCAUCGGAAUUACAUUCUGGACGUGGUGCUUAUCAAUGUCAGUAUUGUAAAAAAUUUUUUUUACGAUUAAAUUAUUUAGAAAUGCAUAGAACUUAUGGAUGUGCAAAAAAUCCACAACGAUCGCGACCAUUGUGUGAUUUUUGUGGACGUAAAUUUUGUCAGCCACAAAAAUUAAAAGUUCAUAUUAAACGAAUGCAUAGUGAUAUGUCAGAAGUAUUAAAAGAAUUUCAAUGCAAAUCAUGUUUAAAACUAUUGGGAUCUCGUGCUGCUUUACAACGACAUAUGAAGGAGGUUCAUCAUAAAGAUGUUGUUGGCGCAGCAACUUGUGAUCGAUGUGGUAAAAUUUUUCAAAACAAAAGUAAUUUAAAAAUUCACAUGUUAACGCACAGUGGAGUUAAACCAUUUAAAUGUAAAGAAGAUGAUUGUAAUGCAGCAUUUACUACAAAACAAUGUCUUCAAUUUCAUUAUAAAAAAGUUCAUGGCUUAACUGAAGAAAUGAUGCCAAAAAUAGAACGAUCUGUAGCAUAUACAUUUGAUGCUUACAGUGGUGGAGUUGUUGAAGACAAUAAUAACAGUAGCAACAGCAACAGCAACAGUGCUAUUAUAAACAACACCAAUCAAACAGUCAAAUUAAAUCAAAAUAAUUAUCAAGAUAAAACUGAAGAUAGUUUGAAGAAUGAUAUAACUCUAAAUGAAUCUCAUUAUCAUUAUCAAGAGCAGCAGCAAUCUCAGAAAAAUUUAGAAAUUUCUCAAGAAGAAUUAAGUAAACCUGAUUUAUGUUUAAUAAAAAGUUGUAUUGAACCACAACAAAAAAUUGAAACUUUACAAGAAUUAUCACCGUUAUCACAUACUAAAUUAAUAAAUAAUCGCUCGGCAAUAUUAACUAGAAAUUCUACAGUAUUAUCAACUAAUCGUCAUCAGGAUAAUAUAAAUUUUAGUACUAGUAGUAGUAGUAGUAGUAGUAGUAGUAGUAGUAAUAGUAUUAUUGUUGGUGAUAUGUCGACAUCAAGAUUACAAAGUAAAGGGAGUAAAAAAUGGAUGGGUGAAUUUAAUCUUCCAUUAACUAAAAUUACUGAGCACAUUACUCAAUCUACAGUAAAAUCGACCGAAAAUUUUCUCCAUAAUGAGUUUAGUAGCGAUGAUGAUGAUGAUUAUCAGGAUAAUGAUAUUAAUAAAAACAAAAAACAAUCUAAAUUAAGUCAAGAAACUACUACAGACGAUAGCAAGUUUGUUAUAAGUUCAAUUUAUGAACGAACUGAAAGUACAAAUGCUAGUUUAUUAGUUGAAGCGGCUCUUGAUGCCGCUGAAAGAGAUAUUGGAACAGUAGCAGUAGUAAUAACACCACCAACAACAACAACAACGACAACAACAGUUGUUCCUAGUUCUGUUGUUGAUUAUUCUAAUCGUGAUCAAAAUUUCUACCCAACAAUUUCAAAUCGGCUACAAUCUCCUGUUCUUCCUCUUUCACCACCACUACAACCACCACCACCACCAUCAUCAUCAUCAUCAUUACUUAUUUCUAGAUCUCCUACUAUUACUGCUGAUGAAAAUAAUUUAAAAUCUUAUAUGCAACAACAGCAAGAUAUAGUAAUGUCUCCUUUAUCUACUACUUUAAAUGAUAAUCGUCAUCAAGAUUCUCUAUCUCCAAAUCAUGUUAAUUCUGAUUUUAAUUCGCAUCAUCGUUUAAUUGAUUCCACAAAUACCAGUGAUUCCGUAAGAAAUCAUAAUGCUGAUCAGUAUCUUCAUCCUCACCAUCAUUAUCACCGUCAUCAUCACAAUCUCAACCAUAAUCAUCACGAUAAUAAUGAAUCAUUAUGUAAUUCUUCAACAAAUAGUUAUAAUCAAUUAUUAUCUAUACAACCUUUAACUACCCUGUCAUCUACAGCCUCGAAUUCUCGUUAUCUCCAAAUUCAUCAUCAUAAUUAUCGCCAUGACGAUCAUGAUCACCGGCAUAAAGUAUCCACAGAAAAUUUAUCGAGUGAUGAAAAUGAUACUGUAGCACAAAAUUUAACUAUUUCUGUGAAAGAAAAAACUUUACAAUUAGACUUAUCAACAUCUUAUAAAUAUGAUUCACUUGAUUUAGAUUUUAAUCGUGAUAUUAAUUCAAAUACUAAUAAUAAUCAUAAUUCUGAAUCGUUUAUAUUAAAUAAUAGUAACAGUGAAUUACAGGGUCUUGAUAUGUCGGCUCGUGGACUUAAUAGUUUUGGAUUGCAAGUACAAAGUAUACGUUAUAAUCAUCAGCAUAAUUCACUAAAUAUUGAUCAAAAUCAGAGUGUAGAUCUAAGAAAAACUUUAGCUAAUUCCAUUACUACUAUGACUAAUAAUUAUUCAACUUUAUCGUCACCAUCACCAUUACCAUCACCAUCACCAUCACCAUCACCGUCACCACUAUCACCAUCACCACCAUCACCACUACCGAGUUCACAUAAUGAUAUUUUACGAGUUAUUAGUUUAGAUUUAAUGUCUAGUGAUAGAUACAGUGUUGAUUUAAGUUCGUCACGGUCUCAUCACUUACAUGCAAUUACUUCUGAAGUAAGACCCCAACCACAAUCAUUAUCAUCAUCACUAUCAUUACCAGGAGAAUCGAAUUCUAUGCAUAUUAUACCUUCAGAUAUUGUAAAUGAUCGAAUGGUAGUUUCUUCAUCAUCUCCAUUGACCACUUACAAUGUGCCAUCAUCUACUUAUCCGAUUAAUUCUGCGCCAUAUCAUUUAACAAAAUCUGGAUAUCAUCAUUAUUCAGGUUACUAUUGAAUUUUUUUUUGUUUAAGAAAAAAAAAGUUCUUUUAGAUUUUUUUUUUUGUUUCGACUUAAUUAUUUAGUAAGUUUUGAAUAAAUGUGAUUGUAAAGGAAAGUAAAAAAAAAUAACGGGAAAGUAAUGAUAAAAAUAUUUACUUUUAUUAUUUACAUAACAAUCUAUAAAUUUAUUAUUAACUGAACAACUUUUGCCCCCUUUUUUCUAGUCAGAAAACUCUAAUUGUACUAAUAGAAAUAUUCCGAAUUAUCAGACUAAAAUAUUCGACUAUUGAUUUAGUUUGAGAAGUAAUAUAAAUAAAUUAUAAAUUGAUGGUAUUCCAUGUAGCAGCAUUCAUUUUACUUCUAGUCAUAAAAAAAUAUUAACUAUUAUGUAACUGUUAAUUUUUUUUUAAAUAGUUUAAGGUAAACAUUGUUUGACUUGAAUAAAUAUAUUUAUUAUUGUUACAGUUACAAUUACAUAUUUUUUUGAAUGAAGUAAAUUAUAAUUUCUAUCUGAAUAAAUUUACUUUAAUUAAAUUAAUAUUCAUUUAAUUAAAAAAGUAAAAAUUAAAAUUAUUUUCAGUGUAUACGACUAAUAAUAUUACAUGUUUAUUUGUUUUAAAAAAUAUAUAUUGAUCAUUAAUUAAGUUUAAGAAGUAAUCAUAAAAUAUAUUUUUUUCAAUAAUUUUUUUUUUACCUUUAAUUUAUUCUUAUAAUUUAUAAAAUGUAUAAGUAUAAUAAAUUUUUAUAACUUAUAUACGUGGAAUAAUGUACUCAUUACUAUCGGAAUAAUGAUAUAAGUGCAAUUAGUCCUAGCCCCAUUGAUCCACAACAAACAACUGCAAGUGUAUCUCGAUUAUAAUUUGGGCACAAUUCUUGAUCUAUGCAUCGCCUGUAGUUAAAAAUAAUAAUUAAACUUUUAAUACUUGAAGAAAAAAAAAACAAAAAAAAUUACGUAUAUUAUAUAUAUUUUUACCAUUUUUCAAUAAAAACCACAACUAAUCCUGUAAUAAUUUUAUCUAAAAAAGUAACAAUAGAAUAGAUCAGUGCACUAUUUUCCGUUUUCAUUCCUAUAAAGUCUGCCGUAAUACUUAAUGCAGUAACCAUAGUUAUUGAACUUGCAGCUCCAAUUAAAAUAGCUAUUGAAUAUAUUACUAUUUCAUGAUUUCCUACAAAUUCUGUAAUAAUUGCUCCUAAUAUUCCAAUAAGGGUGCCCAGUAAAUAACAAAUCUGAAUUAUUAAAUAUGAAAAAAGUAAUACAAUUUAUUAAUAAUAAUAAUUUUUCUAAAGUAAUAAUAAAUAUUAUAAUUUUUCACCUUGGUACCACAUGAUUGAUUAAUAUACUUAAGUGUUAAUGAUGAUAUAAAUGAUGCAAUGUAUGAUACUAAAGGUACAGUUGCUAAUGCUUGUUUACCACCAACAUCAGUUUCUUCAAUAUAAAGUGGUAAAUAAACUGUCGCUAAAGUAAUAAAUAAUCGACUAGCAACAUACAGCAAAGCAACUCUUAAUAAAAUUCUAACACCAAUACUACUAUCUGUUGUUAUCGUUCUUGAUAUAUUAUUAUUAUUACUAUUACUAUAGAAAUAAUUUUUAUUGGUACUAUUGUUUGAUGAAUUUUCACAAUCAGUUUUUAACGACGGAAUUGUAAUUAAUGAUUCAAUAGUAUUACAAUGGUUAUUGUGUUCUAGUAAAUGAGACUUUAAUGAUGCAUGAAAUAUAAUUGUUGCAGUCACACCACAUGUUGUUACAAUUAAAACGAUAUUCUAUAAGAGAAUAGAAGAAAAAAAAAAUUAUUUAAUUUAGAUUUAAAAAUAAAAUAUCGUUAUAAACUUGUAUUAAAUAAUAAUAUGACUUAUUACUCGAAAUUUAAUGUCGUCUUGUUCACUUAAUUUUACUAUAGAAUUUUCAUUUGUUGGGAGAACUAUCCAAGUGACUAUAAAAACUAAUACAGCUGCACUUACUUGAGCUGAAUAGCUGUGUGCAGUAGUAUAUGUAAUAAAAAUAAACAAAUAAAAAACAUAAGUUAAAUGAUACCCAUCUACAUAUAAUUAAUUAUUAAUUAAUAAAUAUUUUUUAUUACUGUACCGGAUAGCUGUUAAUUCUGCUCGUAUCAAUGGUAAAUUAGUCAACAUAGGUAUCAUAGACAAAUGAGAAAUUUGAACUGCAGCCCAUCCGGUUUGAAAUACAAUUAUACUUAUAAUAUAAAUAAUCAUUGAAAUGUAAUUAUUUUUAACGCUAUCAAAAAAACUUCCAAAAAUAAUUGGAAAUGACAACGUCACAAGAACUGAUCCAAUAAUAUGCCAUGUUUUUUUUCUGUGAUAUUUAUCCACAAGUAUUCCAAAAAUUGGUGUCAUUAAAGCAUCUAUCAGUUGACCUUGGCAAUAGAAAAAAAAAAAAAAAGUAUUUAACAAAUUAUAUAUAAAUAUGUGAAAGAUGUAAAUAUUAUCGUCAUUUUAUAUAAAAAAUAACAAUGAUUAUAUUAUUUUUACCCAAUAAUAGUAAAGCACCAGCCGACAAUGGUUCGAGUUUAGCUAUUCUUUGUAAAUAUAUCAAAGUAUAUGAAAACCACAUAGCUGCUGUAAGAUCAUUAAAUAUAUGUCCCAAAGAAUAUGAUAAUUUCGUAGAAAUUGAUAUUUUUUCAGUAAUUAAUAGAGGAUAAGUUUCUUCACUUGUAAUAUUUUCCGUUGAUGAUAAUGUAUUAGUAAAUUUAGUCAUUAUUGUAAUUAUUAUUUUUGAUAUAAAUUUUAAUUUGCUUUUUAUUUUUAUUAUUUUCAGUAAUUUUUUUAUUACGAAAAACAUAUGAUCCUUUUAUCUCAACCUAUAAUGUUAUUGAAUAUAUAUGUAUGUAUAUAUAAAUGUUAAAUUUUUAAGUUGUUAGUUUUAUCUAUUUGUACUUGAGAUAAUAAAAAAAGUUUAGUUCUAAUACACAUAUAUUUACCGUUGUUGAAACAUUUUAUAGAUUGUUAGUAGUGCAUAAUGACGUCGUAUAUAUUUAAAAACCUAUUACCGCCACAAUUGGCAUAUAUAAAUAGUAUACCAUUAUAUUUAAGAUGUAACAGAGUGGAUUUUACACUAAAAACAUAAAUAUUUAUUAAGAACCUAAAUUUUAAACGUAUUAAAAUGAAAUAAUAAAAAUUAUGAUGAAGAAAAACAGACGUCUUCUAUCAUCAUUGUUGAUACAAUGUCUCGAUAUCUACUAUUAUACAACAAUAUAAAACUAAAGAGUUUUAAUACUUACUUGCAGUAUAUGCUUGGCGUAGUUUGGUGUAAUCUGAAACUGAAAGACCGCUGCACAUUACAGCAACCACACAGUAAAAGAGAAACGUGAAUGACCACUAUCAUUCUUUUGUGGAUGAGAAUCGAUACCUUGAUCCGUUCUUCUAUGGUCUCAUCACAUACAGUCAAGUUCAGUAACCGCGUUUUGUCAUUACAUGUUCAUUAUUAAUGUUUAAUUUUUAAAAAGAAAAAAUAA